AUUUUUAAAUAAAAUUUUGUGCUUGAAUAACAGGAAAAAGUUUGGUUGAGUAAUAAUAGAGUUUGAUUGCCUGAAUUGAGCUCAAUUUCAAUUGGGCAGCCUUGAAGAGCAGAAAGAGCAGGAAGAGCAGCCGCAGCAGCAGCAGCAGCAGCAGGAGGCGCAGUCAUAAGUAUUUCUGGCCAAGAACAGAAUCUGGUCAGGACGCACGAACUCCAUUCAGAAAAUUUCAUGUGAAAUGUGCGUCGACAAACUGUCAAUAAAAUGCCUCUAAAGAUUGCCGUUCGUGCAUGAUCGAAGCGCAGCUGUUCUCUGUCCCGUCUGAUGUCCUCCCAUUGUCCCGGCUGGCUGGCUGGCUGGCUGGCAACUUGUCCGGCGUCAACGGCGUUUGCACAACAAUGGGCCACAAUCGGGCCAUGGGCCAAGGUUAGGCGCAGUCGCAGCGCCGCACAUGAAAUCGAAAUGGAAUUCGAAAUCGAGCUGGAGGUCUGUUUUUGGCCUGGACUCAAAUUCGAUUGCAGUCUGUAUAAAAUGUGUAUAGGGAAAAAGGGUUGCCUAUAAAUGCGGCAAAAUGGCCAAAAUGGCAAAGGCCAGAACUGUCCAGUUUUCGAGUCUUAUGAAAAUCCAUAGAUUUUGAAAUUGAAAAUCCAUCAAGGGAAUCCGUGCGACAAGGACAAUCGGCCAGGUAAGCCGUGUGCAUCAUUUAAGGCCAAAAGGACAUACACACACGUGCACGGGCUUUUGGGCCAGAAACGGAGCCGCGUCAUAAAACGGCGGAUUAGCCAAAAACGAAUCAGGUAAACGCGUUUGCCAAAAAUGCAAACACAAAUUCCGGGAAAUUCGCGAAAAUCUACCUGAGCCGCCGGCAAGCCGAGCCAAUGUCCAGGCUAUAUAAGAGCCAGCUGCCGGGCGUUUAGGCCAAACAGUUGACAAAAACGCAGCGGCGAGUAGACAACGCGACUAACUCGUGCCAUAAAUAUCUAUAAUAUAGAAAAUACUUGAAUUAAAUACUCAAUUAAACGUACGAAAUGGGUUGCUGUGCGAGCAGUUUAAAGUUGGAUACGAAUCGCAGUUUGAAUGGCAGCGUCUAUGCCUCAAAGCGCAGCCGCAGCGGCAGCAGCGGCAGUGGCAGCAGCAACAGUGGCAGCAGUUGUGGCAGUGGCAGCAGCAACAGCAGCGGGCUGGGCAGUUCAUGCAGCACGCCGCAACGCAAUCGCAGCAUUUGGAGUCGCAGCCAAACGCGACCCAUUUGCGAUGAUUUUGCCGAGCAGCCGCUGCCGCAGCUAACCGAACUGGAGGCGGAACACGAACUGGAGCGCUCCUGUGGUUAUCAUACAUGCAGCAGCGACUCCUCCACGCCCAGCAAGCAGCAGCAGCAGCAGCAGCAUCAGCAGCUGUAUCGCACCCAGGACAUGGAGCUGGCCAAUCAAAGCCAGCAAAGCAGCAGCAGCAGCAGCAGCAGCAGCUUGGGCGUGGGCAACCUGGAGUGGGAGAUGUACAUGAUGCAGCAUGCCCAGCGCAUUAUGCCAAAGACCUCGUCGCCCAUCUGCCAGCGCCGCGAUGCCACAUUUGAGCUGAACUCACGCUCGUAUCACAAGUGGCGCAACUAUUUGCAGAGCACGCCCGCCCACAUGCUGCACAAUGUCAGCCACAUACCGGAGGCGAUUGCGGGACACUUUUGUCCCAAUGACUUUCCCGCCUUCAGCGAUCUGGAGGAGAUGGAGAGUGCGGCCAAGCGUUUCAAGAUCGAUACGAAUGCGUCCGUCUAUGCUGAGAACUAUCCGCUCCAGCAGCAUCUGACGCAUACCAUAAGCACAGAUCUGUGAGCGGGAGCAGGCAGUAGGAACAGUAGGAGCUGAGCUGAUGUCUGAUGUGUGUUCGGCAACUGGACUGGGCUCCGCUUGGUACGGAGUCGUUGCGGUUGCCCUCACAUUCCGUGCGUCGACUGCUGGCUACUGGCAACAGGUUGUCGGUCAGUCGAUCCAUCAACUGAGUCAACUGAUUGACUCGACAUUUUUGCAACAUUUUGUAAAUACUUGCCAAACUGUCGGUCAAUCAGUUAGACAAUCAACAAAUCAAUCAAACAAUCGAUCAAUCCAUCAAGCAGACAAUCAAUCAAUCAAGUAGUCAAUCAGUUGCUCGAGUGCAACAUUUUGUAAAUACUUCUCAAGCAGACAAUCA